GGAAGUCUCACACACACCUCCUGUUUCCCUUCUAAUAAAACUCUGUCCCGGGCAUUAAAGUGCACAGGUGGGAGUGCAAGAGGAGUCGUGGGUACCUGGUCAAAGGAGAAGUCUGGACCUAAAUGGAGUCCACACUCCCCAAAGCUCCAGGUGGAGCAAGUGCUGCAGGUGCACAGCAGCCAGCGGUGGCCCCUCCUGGUGGUUUUCAGCCCAUUGCAGAGGUAGCAGAGCCUGUAGACCUGGGAAAGGUAGAGGGAGACAAGAGUCAACCUGGACACCCUGCGGGAGAUGGACAGGACCUGUACUCAUUUGACAGCUCGCUAUCCUCCUCAGACAGCGAGGAUGAGGGUAUCGGCAAAAAAGACAAGAAGAAGAAGAAGAAGAAGAAGCUGAAGAAGAAGAAAAAGAAGAAAGAUUCCAGCUCAUCCUCAUCCUCCUCCUCAUCGUCUUCCUCCUCCUCCUCUUCCUCCUCCUCCUCAUCUUCCUCCAGUAGCUCCUCAGACAGUGACAGUGAGGAUGACAAGAAGAAGAAGAAGAAGAAAAAGGAGAAGAAGAAAAAGGAUGACAAGAAAGAGUAUGUUUGGGACAAUGUGAUCAUAUCUCAAGCUGGUCCUGAUGGCCAAAUGGAAGUGCAGUCUGUAAAGGGUCUGAAGAUGAGCCCGGAUCUCAACUCCUCCGAUGACGAAGAUGGCAAACAUAAAGAGAAAAAGAAGAAGAAGAAGAAGGACAAGAAGAAAAAGAAGAAGAAGGACAAGAAGAAGAAAAAGAAGAAGAAGGAGUCAUCCUCUUCCUCAUCUGACAGUUCAUCCUCUGACAGUGAGGAUGAAAAGAAGAAGAAGAAAAAGAAGAAGAAGAAGAAGAAGAAGAAGAAGAAGAAGAAGAAGAAGAAGGACUCUAGCUCCUCUUGCUCAGAUAGCUCCUCCUCUUCAUCAUCCUCUUCUGACAGUGAGGAUGACAAGAAGAAAAAGAAAAAGAAGAAGAAGGACAAGAAGAAGAAGAAAAAGAAGGACAAGAAAAAGGAUUCCAGCUCUUCAUCUUCCUCCUCAUCCUCUUCUUCUGACAGUGAUAAAGAUAAGAAGAAAAAGAAGAAGAAGAAGGAGGAGAAGAAAAAGGAUGAAGAGCAGAAUGAGCUCAGCAGUGCUACUGCUCUUUCAGCAGCUGGUGGUGAGAUCGCAGGAACAAGUGCUGAUGGAGAUAAAAAGAAAGCUGAAGAUGCUGAAAAGGCCAAGAAAGAGCUUAAAGCAACAGAAGAGGGCAAACUCUCCUCUCUGUUGGCUGCAGGGGGAGCACAGGCAUUCCCUGAUGGCACUGAGGAAGGCCACCUGAGUGAUGAUGAGGGAGAAGGAGGGGAGGAGAAGGGGAAGCAGAAGAAGAAGAAGUUGAAGAAGAAGAAGAAGAAGGAGGAGGAGGAUUCUGGCUCAUCUUCAGACAGCGAUGAUGACAAAAAAGACAAGAAGAAAAAGAAGAAGAAGAAGGAAAAGGACUCCUCCAGCUCCUCCUCUUCUUCAUCUGAUAGCUCCUCCUCAGACAGCGAAGAUGACAAGAAGAAGAAGAAGAAGAAGAAGAAGGGGAAGAAGAAGGGGAAGAAGAAGAAGGAUAAGGAUUCCAGCUCUUCCUCCUCCUCUUCUUCCUCCUCUGAUAGUGAAGAUGACAAGAAGAAGAAGAAAAAGAAGAAGAAGAAGAAGAAGAAGAAGUCUGAUGAUAGCUCCUCUUCUUCCUCAUCCUCAUCCUCCUCUUCCUCUGAUAGUGAUGAUGACAAGAAAAAGAAAGACAAGAAAAAGAAGAAGAAGAAGGAUAAGAAGAAGAAGAAAAAGAAGGAUUCUUCUUCUUCUGACUCCUCCAGUGACUCUUCUAGUGAUGAUGAUAAGAAGAAAAAGAAGAAGAAGAAGAAGAAGGAUAAGAAGAAGAAGAAAAAGAAGGAUUCUUCUUCUUCUUCUUCUUCUGACUCCUCCAGUGAUUCUUCUAGUGAUGAUGAGAAGAAGAAAAAGAAGAAGAAGAAGGAUAAGAAGAAGAAAAAAAAGAAAGACAAGAAGAAGGACUCAGAUUCUUCUAGCAGUGAGGAUGACAAGAAGAAGAAGAAGAAAAAGAAGAAAGACAAGAAGAAGAAAAAGAAGAAGGAUAAAAAGCAGGACUCAAGCUCUAGUUCAUCGAGUUCAUCUGAUAGUUCCAAUUACAGUGACAAGGAAAAUAAAAAGGACAAGAAGGACAAGAAAAAGAAAAAGGGUUCGGGCUCAUCAGGAAGUGAAACUGAGAAGAAGAAAAAGAUUCAAAGCCCUGAUGGUGAACAAGGCGGCGAGCCAAAAAUGGAGAUCUCAGGCUCAGGUGGUGGCAAACUUUCAGCUCCCAGUGGCAGCAGCUCUAAGCCAGGUGGUGCUCCUGUCGUCUCCCUCGCGCCGCUCCCCUCAAAGCCAGUCGUGAAUCUGGAUCCCCUGAGUCCUUCAGCUGUCUCCAAGCCCUCUGUCUCCAGCUCCUUGCUGAGUUUUGGAGAUAGGGCCCACAUUCGCAGACCUCCCAGCCCCAUGGAGUCCCUGAUGGGGAGCCCCAGGAGGUAUGGAGAGGGAGGAACCCGUUCCACUGGCCACCUCUCCUCUAGUGAUCUACUGAGAGGCCCAAGACCCUACCAAUGAUGAGAUGUCAUAGAUCAAAGUAGAGGUUACUGAUUUUUUUUUUUUUAAAGUGUGGUUUACUCGACACUGGAGGAAGUUGGAUGUGAUGAUGAGAUAUGCUCUCAUGAUGCUGCCAGUGCCCUAAUUUUAUGCACAAAAGAUUGAUGAGUCAUCAUGCUGGAUAAAAGCAGAUGUUUUUGGUGUGUUUUCUGGUGGAAUACAGAUGUUAUUGGGUAAAGAUGCAUUGUGACGUGAUGAAACUUUUCAAGUUGAGGAAGAUAAUUAUUCCCUGAAAAAUAAUGGAUUUUAAUUUGUAAGAAAUAGCCUCAUUUUGGCAGAAAUGUCAAUUGACAGUCACGUCAUAAUAAUUCCAAAUGCUUGCUUUGCAGAAUAAAACAAUAUGAUUUUA